ACCAUUUUCAUCCUUGUCCCGUCUUCACUUUCAUACAAGCCAACCUCCAUCAGUCAGCUUUCAUUCCGUCAGUUCUGGCACAGCUGGUCUCCAUAUCGAAUCAGUGUUAUCUAGCUCUGCGGACCUUUCUGUUUCUGGCUGCUCUUUCGUUCAGUCAUCCAACAGGCACAUUCCACUUCACUCGAUCGCCAAGUAAGAUGGAGUCGGACAGACGAAUGCGUAUUUGAAGCUCGCGUGAACGUUUUGGUUGCAGGUAUACUACGAGCCAAAUUCGGAGCUCUUGUAGUUUUCUUUCCAUGACAAAACACAGUCGGGAGCAGAUAAGCUAUGUGGAGGUAGAAAAACAUUUCAACCUUCCAAUUCUUGAAGCUGCUGCGCGACUUGGUGUAUGCAACGCUACGUUGAAGAGGGUCUGCCGCGAAAAUGGUGUUCCCAGAUGGCCUUACCGAAAGCUUAUGGCGGGUAAAACAAUGGAUGAAAUCAAGCGUGAUGCAGCCUUACUCUCAUUGCAAGGCGCCGGCACAUCCACAUCAUCCUCAAAUAAUCAGAGCCCAGUGUCGUCCAUUGCUGAUGCUGUGCCAUCUGCACCAAGCGUCGCGUUGGGAUUUGGCCAAGGCACCGGCAACGACUCCUCAUCCUUAUCACCACCAGUUCUGCCACUGACAACAGGAAGGCAGGGUCGUGUGAGCUGGGACGCAGCAAGGAAUAACAACGGAGCUGUGGCUGCCAUGGUUUCAGGACACCAUUGGGAUGGGCUUUUUGGGAGCAAUUUGAGGAAUGAGAAUGGACCAGCACUGGUAGUUGAUAUGAAGCAAGCCCAGCAGCAAGAACAGUUAACAGCUGUGCCAUGGUUGCGUAGAUCUUACAUAACCUAGGGUGGAUGUUCUCAAAUAGGUAUUG